AUGCAGAACGUUAAACCACCUAAACUCAAACCGACUAUCAGAGUGACUCCUCAGAGCUCCAUCUACACUGGAGACACCAUCACUCUGAGCUGUGAGCUGCAGGAGACGACUGGAUGGAGGUUUUUCUAUUAUAAUCAGUGGUUUCAGCUUCUGAAUAGAAAAAAAGCAAAGUCAUUUAAAGUGACAGUCAAUAAUGCAGGAGAAACAGAGUACCGGUGUCGUGCACUCAAAAGAAACUACUUCAACUACCAUGACUACUACACAGAGUUCAGUGAACCUGUUAAUGUUACAGUAAAAGGAGGGAGACCACAUCCAGUACUGAGUGUAUCUCCACAGAACUGGCUGACUGAAGGAGACUCAGUGACUCUAAGCUGUGAGGUUACAAACUCCUCUACAGACUGGACAUUCAGCUGGUACACAGUUCUUCUUUUAGACAGCAGCAGAGGAUCUGGAGGCUCCUACACUCUCAGUCCUUCUGCUCUUCAUCACACAGGAGUUUAUGUGUGUAGAGGAGAGAGAGGAGAACCAGUCAGUCACAUACUGUACAGCAAACCACAGCCUCUAUGGAUCUCUGGUGAAUCUCCUCCAGUGUCUCUGAUCAUCAGUCCCAGCAGAACUCAACACUUUACUCUUGACUCUCUCUCACUGAGCUGUGAGGACCAGAGUAACUCUACUGGAUGGACAUUGAGACAAUACACAGACAGUGAAAGAGUGUUAGAUUGUUCACAGUGGGGCUCAGUUACAAUAUCUACAUGUAAAUUCAGCCUCCUCUACACAUUCUACACUGGAGUUUACUGGUGUGAGUCUGAAUCUGGAGAAAACAGUAAUCCUGUCAACAUCACAGUUCAUGAUGGUAAUGUGAUUCUGGAGAGUCCUGUCCAUCCUGUGACUGAGGGACAUCCUCUGACUCUACACUGUUUAUAUCAUAACACGAAUCCCUCAAACUUUCGAGCUGAUUUCUAUAAAGAUGGAUCAGUCGUCCAGAACCAGACUACAGGAGAGAUGAUCAUCCAUAAAGUCUCAAAGUCAGAUGAAGGUUUCUACCACUGUAAACACCCAGAGAGAGGAGAGUCACUGAGAAGCUGGAUCUCAGUCAGACAAGCUCCAUUCUCAGUGCUCAUGCUGAUCAGUAGUGUAGUGACGGCAUCUCCAUAUCUGCUGAUCACCAUCAUUCUGCUGGUCAAAUGUUACAGAGCUCGAGCUCACACUGAUGAAGACAGAAUUGAGAAUGCAGUCAUAGAGGAGUGAACAAAGUUUAUUUACAAAAAGAGGAUGCAUUUACUGUCAAAUCAGCAUUUUAUUAUUGCUUAUUGCUUUGUGUGGAUUUUAAAAUAAUACAGAAAUGUUAUUUUAAUGUUAUGCUGUUAUUUGUUCUGCAUUUUAUAGCAUCCUCAUUGUUCUGACUGGAUUUGUUUAG